AUGUCUGGUUUGAGGCCCGCCAUCUUCGCGGUCAACUCAGCGCUGAUUAUUCUGAGCCUUGCGGCGAUUUGCUGUCGGGUCGGGGGGAGAAUCUUCCUUGUGCGAUCGUUUGGGUGGCAUGAUGCACUCAUCGCUCUCGCCGCUUUCUGCGCCACAGUUUUCUCUAUCUUGCAAAUGGUUUCCACGCGCUUUGGUCUCGGCCUACCUAGCCAGGUCGUCCCUGGACGGGAUAUGAGGACCUUUCAUAAACUCGUCAUGGCAUCCCGGCUAUUCUAUUUCAUAUGCAAUUGGAGCGUCAAGCACUCGCUGCUGCUGUUCUACACGGAGCUCACCAUCGACCGCUGGCCAAAACGCAGCAUCUACAUCAUGCAUGGCAUAGCUUUCGCCUUCGGGUGCACUUGUAUUGGCGCGACGAUUUUCCAGUGUACCCCGAUAAGGGCCAUGUGGGAUAUGAAUGUAAAAGGAGUAUGUAUCAACAUGAAUGACUUCAACUACUUCAACUCCUGUUUCAUGUUGGCGACCGACUUAGUCUUGUACGCGAUGCCGCUCGUAUUUACUUGGAAACUGCAGUUGAGAAGGCCGCAGAGGGUUGGUGUGAACUGCCUGUUCGCCUUGGGUGGACUGGUAUUGGCAGCCAGCGGUGCUCGCGUCUACUACGUUCGCGCUCAGGCCAGGAAGCCGGAUUUCACGUACAAGUUUGCAGCAACUAUGAUCUGCGCUGUUAUCGAAAAUCACCUCGCUAUAAUAGUCGCCUGCGCACCGAGCAUCAAGGUCAUCAUGCUUCUCGCUUUCCCAGGCCUGGCCUCAAAGUUCGAGAGACUUGUUUCAAGGGAGACGCAGGAGCACGAAGGAAACAGAAGUAGUGGAAUUACUGUCGACCUCGAAGCCACUUUCCCGGUACAAAGACACAGUGGUGGGGGUACGAGGCCAUUUUCGUCCCGAGCACUCUCUGAUGAAAGUAAGAAGAGCAGAGAAUUUCGGAUGGGGAAGUGGUGGAGAGCACCUAGUAGCUGGGAUGUGAACGCAGCGGAGCGGAUCCUACCAGCUUGA